UUGCGCAGUACUGUUUGUUUGCUUUAGAGAAGAUGUCAUUUGCUCGAAGGCUACUUGCAAGCGUCCCUAAAAGUUCACCAUUUUACCUUCUCAAUGUGACUUCGUCCAGAGGUCAUACGGUGAGAAGAUGGCCAUCUCUCAUCUCGCCUCUCACACCCACUGUGCACUACAGCAGCGUCUCUCUAAACGCUUCCAGCACCGCUGGUGACAGCAUUUAUCUCAGUGAAUCCUGUGUCAAGAGGCUUACAGAAAUUACAAAUAAGGGAGAGUAUUUGAGGAUUACGGUGGAGGGAGGCGGAUGUUCAGGUUUCCAGUAUAAAUUCUCAGUGGACACAGUCAGAAAUGAAGACGACAGAGUGUUUGAAAAAAAGGGUGUUGGAGUAAUAGUUGACCAGGACAGUCUGGAGUUCAUGAAAGGAUCCACAGUUCACUUCAAUGAAGAGCUCAUUCGCUCUUCUUUUCAGGUGAUGAAGAACCCUAAGGCUGAACACGGCUGCUCAUGCGGUUCGUCCUUCUCUGUUAAGAUCUGAAGCGCUGUAGGUCCCUCCAUCAAUUAGAAAUUAUUCAGUUUAUGCAAAUUGUCAAUGCAUGUUCACAGAAUCAGUCAGACGCAUAAAACUAUGAAGAAGUUAAGAGCUCAAAGGUGUUUGUUUGGUGUGUUGUGUUGUAUAUAAAGAUGAAUGUAAAUAGAUUUCUAAUAAAGAUAUAAGAUUAUACGAA